CCCCAAUCUCGAAACAUCUUGCAUAUAGUGUGAAUGCAGUCAGCCUUGCGUUCUCGGCAGUACAGUUCGACAGCCGAGAACUAAUCAGUACCGCCUUCAACAGAUACUCGGCUGCCAUAGGGAAUCUAAGACAUUCACUAUGCGAGCCGAACGUGUUGAUCGGUGAUGAAAUUUUGCAGUCAAUACUACUUCUUGAUCUAUUUGAAAAGCUAACAGCACCGAGCCUUGGCAUGCCAGGGUCUUCAAUGACCCAUAUUCGAGGGGCAAUGUCAAUAAUCGAGUCGCGGGGAAAGUUGAACUUUGCAAGUGCUUUGUCAACUCAAAUCGCCAGAAAUAUUCUAUCUCACUUUAUAAUUAGUUGUGGAAUAACCAAGACUUCUAUCCUUGACUCGCAAGUCGCCGUCUGGAAGGAUCUUUCAGGGCUGAUCAUGGAUAGUAAAUGGGACUAUAUGGGAAUUCUAGUGGAUAUUGUCAACUUGAGGGCCAUGUUGACCAAGGGAAUAAUGGUUGACGACAGCAAGAUGAAUGGAAGGGUGUUCGACAUAAACUGCAAGCUUGAAUACCUUGCAGAUUCAUUGGAAAGGUCUUGCGGGCCUGCCGCCGUCUUCUUAAGCGAUUGGCAAGCCCUGGACGGAGAAUACGAUGUCUACCCGAACCACUUUACAAUGCAACUACAUAACGCUGUACGGAUGAUGCGUUUAGAGAUGGAAGGAUUGAUAAGCGAUAGAUGCCACGAACAAAACGGUGAUGCGAUCAACAAGAUCGCGAAGCAAAUAUGCCGCUCUGUUGCGCCUUACAUCAUGCCACAAGCCAGGCCAGAGAAUUCCGAGCCUUUCACGCCGAUGCAGAAGCUGGAGUGCAGGAUACUGAUGGCACCUCUCUACCAAGCUGCUCAGUUGUCAACAGACAAUUGCGUGCAGGAAUGGAUUUGGAGAAUACUAGAGUACAUGGCAGAGAAGGGUAAUAUGCGGAUAGCGAGGGAUGUGCUUGACUUGUCGAAGAAACGACUGGACAUAGACUAUUGGACUAUUUGGGCCAUGGCAGGAUGCUAUGCAACAGCAGCAUAAGAUAGUCUGCAGGCAUAUUACAUGAAUCCGGACAUUAGCUUUAAGUCC